GGGGCAGAGCGGGAGCGGGCGGCGAAGAUGCUGUGCCUCCCAGUAGCCUUCCAGUUGCUGCUGGUGCUGGUGCUGUGCAGCCAGGGCACAGAGAGGUGUCCUUCAGCCUUCUGCGAGUGUUCCAACUGGGAUGACUACAAAAUCACUUGCAGGGACAUCCACUUCAUUCCCAGCCUUCCAGAGGACACCCAGACCCUGAGGUUUAUGGAGACUCAUCUAAGAACAAUUCCAAGUGAUGCUUUUUCCAAUCUCCCCAACAUCUCUAGGAUCUACAUCUCCAUAGAUGAAACACUUCAGAGUCUGGAGGCCCAUUCCUUCAACAGUUUAAGUAAAGUAACUCAUAUUGAAAUUCGAAAUCUUAGAAACUUGGAUUACAUAGAUCCAGAUGCCUUUAAGAACCUUCCACUUUUGAAAUACCUUGGUAUUUUUAAUACUGGACUCAAAGCAUUUCCAGACCUCACCAAGAUCUACUCAUCUGAUGUGAACUUUUUACUCGAAAUUGCAGAUAAUCCUUUCAUGACUUCAGUGCCUGCAAAUGCUUUCCAUGGGCUUUGUAAUGAAUCUCUAACUCUCAAACUCUACAAUAAUGGCUUUACCAGCAUCCAAGGCCAUGCUUUUAAUGGGACAAAUCUGGAUGCUAUCUAUCUGCACAAGAACAAAUACCUGGAAGUUAUCAAUGAUGAUGCAUUUCUGGGAGUGUACAGUGGACCAACUCUAUUGGAUGUCUCCAGAACAGCCGUUGCUAACCUUCCAGCCAAAGGACUGGAAAGCCUUAAAGAACUAAUGGCCAAGCAUACAUGGACUUUAAAGAAACUACCAGCUGUAAAGGUAUUUCUUCAGCUAAUGCGAGCUGACCUAUCAUAUCCAAGUCACUGCUGUGCUUUCAAGAGCUGGAAAAAAACCAGUGGAAUCCUGGAGUACCUGACAUGUAACCAGACUGGCAGCCACAGCUUUCGUAAGAGAUCAGUCAAAGCUCUCAGAGGUCCGUUUUACAAAGAUUAUGCAGAAGAAUACACAGACCACACCGAUACUGUGUAUGACAAAAACACCAAGUUCAUGAAUUUUCAUGAAAAUUCCCAUUAUUACAUUUUUUUGGAAGAGCACGGAGAAGGCAAUCUUGGGUUUGGCCAAGAGCUCAAGAACCCUCAAAUAGAAGAUGUCCAGACCUUUUACAGUCAUUAUGACUAUCCUGUCUGCGGAGGCAAUGAAGAUGUUAUAUGCACUCCAGAGCCUGAUGAGCUUAAUCCCUGUGAGGAUAUAAUGGGAUAUCAGUUUCUGAGGAUUGUGGUGUGGUUUGUGAACCUGCUUGCCAUCCUAGGUAACAUUUUUGUCCUUUUCAUCCUUCUAACCAGCCAUUACAAACUGACUGUACCACGCUUUCUGAUGUGUAACUUGGCCUUUGCUGAUUUUUGCAUGGGGUUAUACCUCCUCCUGAUUGCUUCAGUGGAUCUCUACACCAGGUCAGAGUACUAUAACCAUGCUAUAGAGUGGCAGACUGGGCCUGGAUGCAACAUAGCUGGCUUUUUCACCGUCUUUGCUAGUGAACUUUCUGUAUACACACUGACUGUGAUCACCCUGGAGCGCUGGUAUGCCAUCACUUUUGCCAUGCGCCCAGAUCGAAAGAUUCGCCUCCGGCAUGCCUUGGUUAUCAUGCUGGGAGGGUGGCUCUCGUGCUUUCUUCUUGCCCUUUUGCCACUGGUUGGCGUCAGCAGCUAUAGCAAAGUCAGUAUCUGCUUGCCUAUGGACACUGAAACACCGGUGGCUGAAGCCUAUGUUGUCUUCAUUUUAAUAUGCAACAUUAUUGCUUUUGUCAUCAUUUGUGCCUGCUACAUAAAAAUCUAUGUGACUGUGCGAAACCCUCAGUACAAGUCAGGGGACAAAGACACCAAAAUUGCCAAGCGGAUGGCUGUGUUGAUUUUCACUGACUUUCUGUGCAUGGCUCCCAUCUCUUUCCAUGCUUUAUCUGCCAUUAUGAACAAACCAUUAAUAACUGUCACCAAUUCCAAGAUUUUGCUGGUACUCUUCUACCCACUCAAUUCUUGUGCCAACCCCUUUCUUUACGCUAUUUUCACCAAAGCUUUCCGAAGAGAUGUGUUUAUCCUGCUAAGCAAGUUUGGUAUAUGUGAGCAUCAGGCUCAAGUCUACAGAGGUCAGACAAUCUCAGCCAAAAACAGCAGCGGCUCUUAUGGGCAGAGAAUCAGCCGAGGGAUAGGUCAGAUUCUUACGAGCAUUCAAGACCCAGUCAAUGAUUACCUUCCUGCCGUGACAAUGCAGAACCAAAUUCUCAUGGAAGAAUGCAAGCAAACUGAGCUAUAA